UAGUCGUGUUGUUGCUGUCGAGCCCAUUAGUGAGUUUUGAGACGGCGGAGCUCCAGGUAACCUCACACACACUCAGCUAAACACUAGCUAACUGCCAAAUGCUAACGGAGCUGAGCUAAAACUAGCAGGUUACUUUGCGACGAGUAGCCUCCAAGAUGCUAACGGCUUUUUGAGCUAACGCACAGUCGUAAAGAUGCUAAGUUUACUUGGAAGAGAACCGAGGCUUUUACACCAUCCCAAACCAACCGGACUAUCAGACCCAACGCUCCAGGAAUCCAGAGUGAGUCCAGCAGCCACAGAGGAGAGCUGCUGGAUCUCAGAGACAAAGAGAGGAAUGGAGGACCAGACCUCCGACCAGAACCCGGAGCAGCGGAGCAACAAGGUCCCCAGAAGACAAGCAGCAGGCUCGGACUCUGAUACCACCGAUGUUCAGAAACGGAGAGGAAGAGAGACACUCAAACGUCACAACUGUCAGCACUGUGACAAAUCCUUCACGAGAUCAACGUCUUUAAAGAUUCAUCAGAGAGUUCACACUGGAGAGAAUCUGCACAGCUGUGAUCAAUGUGGGGCAGCUUUCACACGACAGAGUUCCCUAAAAAGACAUCAACGCAUUCACACUGGAGAGAAGCCGUACAGCUGUGAUCAAUGUGGGGCUGCUUUCUCACAACAGACUGACCUAAAAAGACAUCAACGCAUUCACACUGGAGAGAAGCCGUACAGCUGUGAUCAGUGUGGGGCAGCUUUCACACACCAGGGUCACCUUACACGUCACCAACGCAUUCACACUGGAGACAAACCUCACAGCUGUGAUAUAUGUGAGAAAGCUUUCACCACUAAAAGAGAUGUUGAAGACCACCGACUUGUUCACACUGGAGUGAAACCGUACUGGUGUGAUCGAUGUGGGAAGACUUUUUGUAAUAGUGGUAAACUUAAAGUCCACCAGCGCGUUCACACUGGAGAGAAGCCAUAUUGGUGUGAACAAUGUGGGAAAACAUUUUAUAGUAGUAGUCACCUUAAAGUCCACCAGCGCAUUCACACUGGAGAGAAGCCAUAUUGGUGUGAACAAUGUGGGAAAACAUUUUCUAGUAGUAGUCACCUUAAAGUCCACCAGCGCAUUCACACUGGAGAGAAGCCAUAUUGGUGUGAACAAUGUGGGAAAACGUUUUCUGAUAGUGGUAACCUUAAAAGACACCAGCGCAUUCACACUGCCUCGUUGUGAACAUGUUUCAGAGCCAAUCUGUUUCCUCCUGCCACCUCCUCAUACCCUGAUAGCUAUGUUGUUAUAUUGUGAUCUUCUCUCCACAUUGAAGGCUGACCAGCAGUAACCUCUAUCUUCUGAACAGCAUGGAUGUUAUCGUGGCUACGACUACAUAUUACGCUCCCUCCCUUUGAAGAGAUAGUCCUGUUAGAAGUCUGUCAGAGGCUGUUUCUCCUGAUUCAGUUGGUUUCAAUGUGUUCCUAUUAUUGAUUUUGUCUGUCUCAUACAUAGGGCUAGAUUUAUCAAGCCGUUUGCGUCUGUUUCCAGGCGCUAAUUGGUCGCAAAGACGGGCGUAACCGA